AUGGGGAAUUGGGCAGAACUGUUAGAAGAUCUACUCGUCGGCAUUGCUAAGCAGAUACCUGCCUUGGAAGAUUUCGUAGCUUUUGGAGGAGUUUGCAGGUCGUGGCGACUGGUUGCGAUUAAGCAUAACUUCAAAGGGUCUCAACAAACUCCAUGGCUCAUGCUCUCCGAACAAGAAGGAGAAGAGAACACGAGCGAGCGUCGAAUCGUGAGUCUCACAAAGGGUGGCAUGGUUCGCAAAUUGGCGCUACCAGGAGCAAGGGGAAAACGGUGUUUCGAGUCCCUGGGCUGGUUCAUAACCGUGUCUGAACACGGGGAGAUGGAGCUACUGCAUCCUUUUUCUCAGGCUCAAAUUCCUCUUCCCCAUAUCAAUACUUUCAAGUAUUACGUCAAAAACGGCAGCAUGGAGGAUAAUUUUAUUUUUAUCCGGAAAGCAGUCUUAUCUUAUAGUCCUGAUGAUGCAUUAGGAAACAAAGACCAUGUAGUCAUGGUUAUAUACGGAGGUCGUGGAUGGUUGGGUUUUUGGAGGCCCGGAUAUAAGGCUUGGACCACCAUUGAAACCCGGUUAGCAGCAUUCUAUGAUAUAGUUUAUUACAAUGGCAGAUUUUACGGGGCCGAUGCUGCAGGCAGCAUUUUUGCUUGUGACGUUGGGGGGCCUAAUGAAACCGUGGCACGGUUUGUUGGAAAAAUACCUCACAAAUUCCUUAUUGACAAGCGACCGUACAUAGUCGCAUCAGAAGCGGGUUUAUUGAUGGUCGUUCGAGAUGGUUGCCUUGCAGGCUAUGGCGACGACCCUGACUUUGAUUGUGAUAAUAUGGAUGAGUCUAGGAUUGAUUACGGGGCCAAAGAAUUUACGUUGUUCGCGGUGGAUCUAAACAAUGGAGGAUGGACGGAGAAAAAGAGCUUAGGUGACAAAGCCUUGUUCUUGGGUGACAAUGCAUCUAUCUCCGUGCAAGCCUCGGAAUUCCUGAGAAUAAAAGCUAAUUGUAUCUAUUACACCGACGAUUGUUGGGAAGCAUACAAAUCUUUCAAACCAGGCGGAGGCAAGGACAUGGGUAUUUACAAUUUGGAAGAUGGAAGCCGGAUGCCUUACUAUGGAAGGGAGUCUUUUAGUUCUAUUUGUCCGCCUAUCUGGGUCAACCCGUCUUUCUGA